GUCGCGAUUUAUGUAACUGAAGGUGUACAUUUACGUGCCAGAAGUAAGCAUUUCCAACGCCUUUUCCACCGGAUGAUGCUUUCAACUGUUGGACGGCUAGCGCGGGCAGUGAAACCAUCGCUCAAUACGUACAAUAACUUACGGUACAUUCAGCAUGCGGUUACCCGUUACGCCGGUCACUCCAAGUGGCAAAACAUACGGCACGUGAAGGCACUGAACGAUGGACGAAAGGCGGUAUUGUUUAUUAAGCUAGCUCGACAAAUCCGACUUGCAGUACAAGCUGGAGGAGCAAACCCCGCCGUAAACAAUGUGCUGCGGGCAGCGAUUGAUGAGGCACUCAAGAGAAACAUGCCGAACGCCACUAUUCAAGGCAUCCUGAAGAAGUGUACCACACAGUCGGUAGAGUUGAAAAAGUAUACACUCGAGAUUAAGGCACUUGAUCAGGUUAAUGUAAUAUGUGUCCUGUAUACGGAUCGAUUUGCCCAGCUGAAGAUGGAAAUGGCAACAAUUCUAAGGAAGAAUUUUGCACUUUUCUUCGACACAAUGCAUGCAUUCGAUGAAAGAGGCUUUGUUGAAGCGAUUGCACCGGCUGAUGUGAAAAGUGACAAUCUGCUAUCCGUGUGUACGGAUCAUGCUAUCGAAACGGGUGCCGAAGAUAUCGAAGUGAUGGAUGAAAAUAAUCGACUGAUAAGGUUUCUGUGCGAUCCGAGAGAUUUGGACAAGGUGAAAAAAGAGCUCGAAAAGCUCAACUACUGCGUGGAACAUAGCGAGCAUGCUUUCUUUCCCAAAUCAACCAUCAAAUUGAAUGCCGAAGCGCUGGAAGCGUACGAAAAGUUAAAGGAGAAGCUAAAAGCGAUGGAAGGCGUCGAGGACAUUUACGACAAUGUGGAAGUGAGCGAGUAA